GAACCGAACAAUUUCAUGGAGACAGGAUCAGAAUCAUGCUCAUUUCUAUAUAUGGUUGGGGAAACUGGAGACUCUUGUCUGUCAUUAUAUCAUUGUAUCAGCUUGAAAUGUACAUGAGGGCUAUUCUCAGCCAGCGCCAGUACUGAGUAGGGAAAAUAAACAAUCAAAAUAAUUUGAUUAUAAAAUACAUUUAUUAUAUAUGAUAUUUAAAGGGUCACCAACAUGCGUAAAAAUGGUGGUGUGACUGAAUGUGUGAGAUUUGUGACACACACUUGUCUCAUACAAAAAUGUCCUAAUGAUUUGUUAUAUAAUUUCGGAACCGUCUUUCAAACCAGGGGGGCAGCUCCGGAAUUUGAAGCUACGGUUAGAGUGGGCGCCGUCCGGGUUUUAUGCAAGGGGUAUGAUCAGCCCUGGUUGGGGCCCAGGGGACGAUUUUUAAAAAAUAAUUUUUAAACGUUUGUAAAUAUAAGACCUGCAAAAUCACAGCAAAACUCCUGUCAUGUAGAAAUAUAUCUUUUUUACUUUUUUUCUUACGAAUGGUUGUAAAUUAAUCAGAUUAUUAAAAAAAAAUCAAGUUCAAUAGGACGAUUUACUGAUGAAGUUGAAAAAGAUAACCAUGCCCGCUUGUAUUGUACUCGUAUAAUAAACAUCAAAGAGUCAUUUUAAACGCUACUUUGUAAAACCAAUUACUUAAAGUCGAGUGACUGACACAUUUGAAUAAAAAAAAGAAUAAUAAGAAUAAUCAGAGUUUCCAUAUUUGCAAUAACAGUGGCGGAUCCAGAGAUUUUUUAUUCCAAUGAAUGAUAUUGUAUUUUUUGUUCAACAUGUAGGGAGAGGGUGAAUUAAGUUUUUAUAAACUGUGCCCAAUCCCGUUGUAAUAUUUGAUAUAAAAUAAAUUAAUGAAUUAUAAGAUAAAUCUAAUAACUCAUUUAGUAAAUGAGACAAAGAAAAGAUUAAUGGGAUGUCGAAAAAAAUAUGGUAUGAAUUGAUGAAAAGUGUAAAGGUUGCGUUGCUGAUGGAAAUACCCGCGAAUCCUCCGUCACAUGAUCAAUUUAGCUCAUGCGACUUUUUUAUCAAAUGGAAAAUGGAGGGACGAACUACAGCAUGUGUGAUAUGUGCUGCAAUAGUGAUGAUGACACUUCAAGAUUUUUAUACUUUUGCUAAAAUUAUGGAUGUUGCGCAGUGUCCAAGAUGUCUGAACAAACGUGGAGUUGUAACGUGUAAAACUUACAAGAACAAUUGUGUCAGUGUUUUCCUUAAUCGUGCCAGAACCCAAAUCCGUGAAAUUCGCGUCCCUAUGUGUACUAUCGAUAUUGUGGUCAACAGAAAGUGGGAGUCCCUUACUGACUUUCCAGUAGUGCGGGACAUUAGGGGACAUCAAUGUGCCAGUGUAUUCAAUAUGCCUACUGAAGAGUCCAAGAUGUUGGCCACCACUACAAUACCAUCCACUUCAUCAGCAAAUACACAAGGGAGGGCUUGGAUUGGGCCAGCGUCAUUGAAAAGUACAACUCAAGAUAUGCCUACUGAAGAGUCCAAGAUGUUGGCCAUCUUUACAGUGCCAUCCACUUCAUCAGCAAAUACACAAGGGAGGGCUUGGAUUGGGCCAGCGUCAUUGAAAAGUAAAACUCGAGAUAUGCCUACUGAAGAGUCCAAGAUGUUGGCCACUUCUACAAUACCAUCCACUUCAUCAGCAAGAACACAAGGGAGGGCUUGGAUUAGGCCAGCGUCAUUGAAAAGUACAACUCAAGAUAUGCCUACUGAAGAGUCCAAGAUGUUGGUCAUCUUUACAGUGCCAUCCACUUCAUCAGCAAAUACACAAGGGAGGGCUUGGAUUGGGCCAGCGUCAUUGAAAAGUAAAACUCAAGAUAUGCCUACUGAAGAGUCCAAGAUGUUGGCCACUUCUACAAUACCAUCCACUUCAUCAGCAAGAACACAAGGGAGGGCUUGGAUUGGGCCAGCGUCAUUGAAAAGUACAACUCGAGGGUUACAAUUAUCUACCGAAGAAUUUGACGUGCCUGGGACCGCAGGUGUUUUUGCCUGGGCAGUUGUCACAACACUUGCCAUUAUUCUGAUUGUGAUAAGGCAUCUUUUGCUUUCGAAAAUAAAAUGCUGCUGUAGAAGGCAAGUCAACCAUCUUCCUAGAACACCAUCACCACCUUCAACACCGUGCACUCGUGAAACUGUAGAGCAGAUAAGAAUGCAUUUAUUGCACACACCAUCUUCCAUUGCUACCACCCCCAGCAGUUUAUCGGCGUCAACCCCCAACACAGUAGUUUCAGUAACUCGACCUCUCCUUGGUGAUGAUGACGAUGAACCUAUUUCACAACGUACCAGGGCUAAAAGUGUCGCAAAGAGACUUAGCCUGUAAUUUCUUUACUAGUUUUUCAAAGGGAUGAUAUUACUACGUUUUGAACUUUUUAAUGACUGUGUAGUGUACAAGUUUUGAAAAUGAUAACAGUAAACAGUUUUAUGAAUGUGUAAUCAGUUUAAAGUUGUGCAUUUUUUAUGACAGAUUUUUUUGGAAUUGGAAAAAGCAUAAAGUUUGGGACUUUUUGAACUGUUUAAGUUCCAUUAUUUUUCCUUUUUUUACAAAACAGAUUUGUUAAUGACAACAAUUUGAUGACAUUUUACUUUUUUUAAUGAAUGUACAUGUAGUACAGAGCAACGGUAUUGUUUAAGGACAUUGACUCGUUAGUUUUUCCUAUGGUUGCUUUUAAUGUUUUUGUAUUUUUUAUUUUUUUUUUUAUUUUAUGCGACAGUUUGUAUUUUACUUGAAUACUGAUCAAAGGAAAAUUUAAAGUCCUGCCUUUAUUUGCUGAUUAUUAUAAUUUACAUAUGACAGUGAUCAUUUGGUUAUUUUUGGGAUGUGCAAUUGAUGUAAAAUGAUGUUUAAGUUGAUUUUAACUGAUAAAUGUGAUUUACACUUAACAUUGAUCAUUUGCUUAUUAUGAUUGUGAUGUAUAAGUUAUGACAUUAGGGUUAAUUGUUGCAGCACAUAUUUCUAUAUAAUAAUAUUUAAUAUCCAAUAGUUAUAGAGUAUUAUGCUUAAUAUUAUCUACCUGUGAUAUAAUGCUGUUAAUAACAAUGCAGGUUUUAAAUAUUUUUGAACAUUUGUUUAGCUAGAAAUUCUUUUGGUUAGCAACUGGGUUUAAAGAAUAAGUUUGCACAGUUUGAUAUUAAGCAUGUUAAUGUCUAUUUAUAGAUAUUUUUGUCAAUAAGCCAGUAUAUUUCUUAACAUUGUUUUUACCUAAUGUCAUUUCUUUGAAAAUUUGUUAAGUAUUAGGAAAUACUUAAAAUUUUUGUUACAGGAUUUUUGUUAAUAAAAAAGUAUUCUUUCUA